CUCCUCCCGUAGCCCAGAGCUGCUUUUAUUUGUCUUCUCCUUUGUGGACUCUGUAGUUAGAGUGUUAGGGGCAUGAUGACUCCUCAGAAAGAUCUCUGGGAUGCCAUUGUGAUUGGGGCAGGUAUUCAAGGCUGCUUUACUGCUUACCACCUGGCCAAACACAGGAAGAGGGUCCUCCUGCUGGAGCAGUUCUUUCUACCACAUUCCCGAGGAAGCUCCCAUGGACAAAGCCGCAUAAUCCGGAAGGCAUACGCUGAAGACUUCUAUACACAGAUGAUGGAUGAGUGCUAUCAGUUGUGGGGCCAGCUGCAGCGCGAAGCUGGAACCCAACUGCACAGGCCAGCUGAACUCCUGUUUCUGGGAAUGAAGGAGAAUCCAGAAAUAAAGGCAUUCCAAGACACUCUGACUAGGCAUGGGAUAGAACACCAGUAUCUUUCAUCUGAGGAGUUAAAGCAACAUUUCCCCAACAUUCGACUCACCAGGGGAGAAGUGGGGCUUGUGGAUAAGACAGGAGGUAUCCUCUAUGCAGACAAAGCCCUGAGAGUCCUUCAGAAUGCAAUUCGCCAGCUAGGAGGCACAAUGUGUGAUGGAGAGAAAGUGGUGGAGAUAAGACCAGGGCAACCAGCUGCGGUGAAAACUACCUCUAAGAGCUACCAGGCCAAGAGCUUGAUCAUCACAGCAGGUCCUUGGACCAAGGACCUCCUCAGUCCUCUGGGAAUUGAGUUACCUCUCCAGGUCUUGCGGAUCAACGUGUGUUACUGGAAAGAGAAGGUUCCUGGGAGCUACAGUGUGUCCCAGGCAUUUCCAUGCUUCCUGGGCUUGGACGUGGCUCCCCAUCAUGUCUACGGGAUCCCUUCAGGGGAGUACCCAGGGCUGAUGAAGGUCUGCUAUCAUCAUGGAAACAAUGUGGCCCCUGAUGAGCGGGACUGCCCUACUGCCUUCUCAGACAUCCCAGACAUCCAGAUCCUGAGGCAGUUUGUCAGAGACUACUUACCUGACCUGAACCCUGAGCCAGACAUCAUGGAGCGUUGUAUGUACACGAACACUCCUGACAAGCAUUUCAUUCUUGAUCGCCACCCAAAGUAUGACAACAUUGUUAUUGGCGCUGGAUUCUCUGGGCAUGGAUUUAAGCUGGCCCCUGUGGUGGGGAAGAUCUUAUAUGAACUAAGCAUGAAGUUAACGCCAUCCUAUGACUUGACACCUUUUCGAAUCAGUCGCUUCUCUGGCCUGGACAAAGCUCACCUUUGACCCCUGACCAGUAGUCCUCAGAAGCCUCUGAGGAAAACUCAGAUGAAGGAAGUGACCCUGAGAGGUCUCCUUUUUCCCCCUAACUUUUCUUGAAUCUUCUCUAAACACUAAAUGAAUUGACUUUUCUUUUUUUUCCCUCCCACAUCCCCAAUUUCAACACCUUUCUUGUUCCCAGAAUAUCGAUCAGACAUUCAUCAUCACAGAGUAGCAGGGACCUUUGAAAGCGAUGAGGCAGUACAGUGU